UGACGAAUUAUUAACUUAAAAAUUUGAUAAAGAAAAUAUAAAUCUUUAAAAAAUAUGCCGGCUCGUUACACAAGGAAACCGUCUUACCAGAUUCUUAGCGAACGCAUUAUUCAAAACAUCAUAACAGAGUUUUUUAUUCUCCUGAUUCUACUCGUUAGCACGCAAAUAAUUACAGAGACCGUGGUUCAUAAAUACUCCUAUUAUAGUUACAAGCAGACAAAGCAUGCAUUCGUUCAGGAGUCAAACUACAGGUCACACCAUAAGUAUAUUGGACCGGUUUUCGCCAAUGUACAGAAAAUAUGGGACAUAUGGGAUUUUGCGUCAUUUAAUUUUCUAUAUAUUCUACACCAUGAGAAAAACUUUACCGGGGAAAAGAGAGAUGAAUUUCCAUUUGUAUUCAACAUGGGCCUAAUGAUGGGUGUACCAAGACUACGACAGAUACGCGUCAAGCAGACACGAUGUCCGCAAAAAAUCAAUUUUAUCGAUAUACACGGGAAGAAGUGCUAUCCAAACUAUUUACCUAAGAAUGAAUUCAAAGGCACCUAUCAGCAGAUAGACUAUGUGGCAGACGCCAAAAGUCUGCAACCAACUUUUGUCACAUACUCUGGUGGAGGAUUUCCAAUUAACCUGCAGUUCGAUUAUAAAGGUAAUAGGAAGUUAUUGAGGAAUCUGAUGAAAGCGGGAUGGAUUGAUUCGGCCACACGUCUGUUUGUUAUCGAAUUCAGUAUCUACUUCCAGGACAUCAAUAUGAUUCAGGUUCUUAAACUAAUGUUCGAAAUAAUGCCCACGGGACUGGUGAUGCCCUCAGCAUUUAUACAAGGCAUACAGAUAAACAGUUUCCUAACCUUGACACCCGUAACCAUUUCUGCUGGAGCUAUCUUUUCCAUCAUCGUUAUAUACUAUACAUAUGUGGAAAUUCGGGAAAUUAAGUGGGUCGGCCCAUCGGCCUACAAAAAUAAUUUCUAUAAUUAUGUUGAUGUACUCUUCCUGAUUGCAGCGUACUGCGUGCUGUUUUAUAAUGUCUGGCACAUAGUUACGAUUAAAGACAUCGAGAAAGUCUACGCAAAGAACCACAGGAGAUAUAUAAAUAUGGACAAGUUGAGUACAGGCUGGAAUGUGUACUUACAUAUGCUGGGCAUCAUGAAUGCGUUGGUCUGGCUCAAGCCCAUACGGUUCAUAUCGUUCCACCGGUCAAUUCAACAGGUGCUGGCCGCCAUGAGAGUGUCGAUUAAAAGCAUAUUGGGCUUAUGCUUCUUCUGUCUGAUCUCGAUUUACGCAUUUGCCCAGUUGGGCUGCAUUGCGUUCAGCCAAUCGAACGAAGAGUAUACAACCGAGUUUUCAUCCAUAGUUGCCCAGAUUCGGUUCCUCAUGAACGAUAUUUCCUAUACCUCUCUGGAAGAUGCUCACCGAGUGCUCGCACCAUUCUUCUUUGUGGUACUCGCUGUGGUCUCCUAUGCCAUUAUCUUGAAUCUAUUCAAAGCGAUUUAUCUGAGCGCCGAUUCGGAUGUGAAGAAGCAAUUGAUCAUCAACGACAUGGUAAUAGCUCGCAUGCUACAGGCCGGCUUCAAGCGUUACCUUUGCAUCUGGCGCAAGCGUAGCACAGCGCAAAUCAACCUGACGCCCAGGCUGCGACCUACCGACAAAUUGCCUGGGAUAAGUGUGGAUAACCGAGCGAAACCAACACCAAACCCCAGUCAACAAAUGAAAAUAAUUACCGAACUUCGCGAUCUAAUGGCAAUUCAGAGCGAGAACUGUGCGCGCAUCGAAAAUAUGAUGGAGAUAUUUGUUGACAUAAUGGAGAACAUUGAAAAGCUGCACCACAUCAACAAAAUAUCCACAGGAAGGAAAAAUUAAUUGAGAUUCAUUUUUAUACA